GUAGGCGUGACUUACGACAACGCCUUAUGUGCGUACGCGGAGUUGUAGUCCAUUUCCCCCUCUACGUUUAGGCUGGCAGUGUUGAAUCUUUUUUUUUUUUUGGCAUAUGUCGAAAUGAUCUUGCAGUAAGCCGACUGACGGAGAGAUCUUUGCUAUAGGCGAUACUCGGAGAUCGAGGAUUUAUCCGGGGGUUAGGCCGUAGCUGAUCUACAGUGAAAGAAAGCUAACUCAAAAUUCAACUGCCUGUUUUCGGGAUGAUACUAGAUGCCUCCCUGGCUGACAUUAUGGACCAGCGAGCGUGAAAAGCAGUGAUGCGAGGCUGCGUUCGAAACUCCAAGGCUCUGGCCCCUACCAUGUUUCCCAGGCUCCUGUUUGAUCGGUGGGGUUCGUUGCUGGGGCGACGGGGCCUGGCCUCUGCAGGGGAACCCCACCCCACCCCACUGCCCAGCCAGGCCCGAGUGGUGAUCUGUGGGGGGGGCAUUGUGGGUUCCUCUGUAGCCUAUCAUCUCGCCAAGCUGGGCUGGAAGGACGUGGUGCUGCUGGAGCAGGGAAGGCUUGGCGCAGGGACGACACGGCUGUGCGCUGGUAUUGUGAGCACAGCUAAGCACAUCCCAAUUGAGAGUAAGAUGGCUGACUAUUCCAACACACUCUAUCAACAACUGGAACAGGAAACCGGUGUGAAGACAGGGUAUGUGAAGACAGGCUCCCUCUGCCUCGCCCAGAAUCAGGAUAGGUUCAUCUCCCUAAAGCGCCUUGCCUCCCGCCUCAAGGUUUUGGGUAUCCGCUGUGAUGUCAUCACCCCGAAGCAGGUGGCAGAACUCCACCCACUGGUUAAUAUUCAUGAUCUGGUGGGGGCGGUCCAUGUGCCAGGGGAUGCUGUGGUCUCUCCUCCUGAUGUUAACCACGCCCUGGUGGUGGCUGCAGCAAAGAACGGAGUGCAGAUCCAUGAACACACAAGUGUCAAUCACGUCAUGGUCCAGAAGGGUCACGUGACGGGGGUGGAAACGGACCGCGGGACAAUCGACUGUGACUAUUUUGUGAAUUGUGCCGGACAGUGGGCGUAUGAGCUGGGCCUGUCCACUGAGGAUCCUGUAUCGGUGCCUGUGCAUGCCUGCGAGCAUUUCUACCUGCUGACCAAGCCUCUGGAGCAGCCCCUCCAGCCACACACACCAGUGGUGAUGGACCUGGAUGGUCGGAUCUACGUGAGAGCCUGGCAGGGGGGCGUGCUGUCGGGUGGCUUUGAGAAGAAUCCAAAACCCAUCUUCACAGAGGGCAGGAGUCAGCUCGAGAUCCAGGGCAUGCAGGAAGACUGGGACCACUUUGAGCCCAUGCUGAGUGCCCUCCUGCGCAGAAUGCCCUCUCUGGAUUCCUGUGAGAUCCACCAGCUCAUCAACUGGCCCGAGUCCUUCACCCCCGACAUGCGCUGCAUCAUGGGGGAGACGCAGACUGUGCACGGCUACUUCGUGCUGGGGGGCAUGAACUCGUCAGGGCUGUCCUUUGCAGGGGGUGGCGGGAGGUACCUGGCCGAGUGGAUGACCUAUGGGUACCCUUCGGAGAACGUGUGGCCCCUCGAUGUGAAGCGCUUCGGCACCCUGCAGAGCAGCCGCACAUUCCUGCGCCAUCGCGUCAUGGAGGUCAUGCCCCUGCUGUAUGAGCUGAAAGUGCCUCGCUGGGACUUCCAGACAGGACGACAGCUGCGCACCUCCCCCCUGUAUGACCGGCUGGACACGCAGGGCGCACGCUGGAUGGAGAAGCAUGGCUUUGAGAGGGCCAAGUACUUUGUACCAUCCGGCAAGGACCUCCUGGCGCUGGAUCAGAGUAAAACCUUCUACAAGCCGGACUGGUUUGAUAUCGUGGGGGCAGAGGUGAAGUGCUGUAAGGAGGCUGUGUGUGUCGUCGAUAUGUCAUCCUUCACCAAGUUUGAGCUCAGCUCGUCAGGGGACCAGGCCUUGGAGCUGCUGCAGAGGCUGUGUGCCAAUGACCUGGACGUGCCAGUGGGUCACAUCGUCCACACGGGCAUGCUGAACCAGCGCGGUGGCUACGAGAACGACUGCAGCGUGGUACGGCUCAGCAAGAACAGGUUCUUCAUCAUCUCUCCCUCCGAUCAGCAGGUUCACUGCUGGUCCUGGAUCAAACAGCACAUGCCCAGUGAUUCCCAGCUGCAGCUUGAGGACGUCACCUGGAAGUACACAGCGCUGAAUGUCAUUGGUCCCCGUGCAAUGGAUGUGCUCUCUGAACUCUCCUACGUACCCUUGACUCCUGACCACUUCCCCUCACUCUUCUGUAAGGAAAUGAGUGUGGGGUACGCCAAUGGGAUCCGGGUGAUGAGCAUGACACACACAGGGGAGCCAGGCUUCAUGCUCUACAUCCCUAUUGAGUAUGCCUUGCACGUCUAUAAUGAGGUGAUGUCUGUGGGACAGAAGUAUGGGAUUCGUAACUCCGGCUACUAUGCCCUGCGCAGCUUGCGCAUCGAGAAGUUCUUUGCCUUCUGGGGUCAGGACCUGGACGCAUUCACCACUCCCCUGGAGUGCGGGCGUGAGUUCAGGGUCAAAUUCGACAAGGGGACGGAGUUCAUCGGGAGGGAGGCUCUGCUGCAGCAGCGGCAGGUGGGGGUGAGGCGCCGCUUCAUCAUGUUCCUCCUGGAGGACCACAACACGGAGCUGGACCUCUGGCCAUGGUGGGGGGAGCCCAUCUACCGCAAUGAGGAGCCGGUGGGGGUGACCAGCAGCAGUGCCUACAGCUACACCCUGGAGAGACAUGUGUGCCUGGGCUUCGUGAAGCCACCACAGACCGAUCCGGGCGCACCCACCGUCGUCACGGCCGACUUCAUCAACCGCGGAGAGUACGAGGUGGAGAUCGGCGGCCAUCGCUACCCCGCCAAGGCCAAGCUCUAUCCCUUCAGCUCGCUGUUUGCUCAGCAGCGCCGCCGCAAGGAUGACAUGGAGCUCAGCAGCUUCCAGGGCAAGUAGAGGAACGCCACCUUCUCUGUGUCGUGUGUGUGUGUGUGUGUGUGUGUGUGUGUGUGUGUGUGUGUGUGUGUGUGUGUGUGGUUGUGUGUGUUUGGAGAAUCUGAAAUGCCUCAAAAUAACUGAUAGUCGUUUACUUUUCAAAUACGCCAUUAACAGUAAUUGCCAAAACCCAAAGAACAUUAGUCAGAUAUCUUAACCAUCUUGAUAAGAAGUUAAGAACAUUUAAUGUGUUCAGUCCUGCAACCCAGCAUAGUGAAAAGUUCAUUUCUCCUGUUUAACUACAGUGUGGACCAUUAAGGUGUACCUGUACCUAAUUCAGUAUCGGUCUGAUGAUUGCUGGCUCAUUUUAGUGAUACAUUUUAAUGUAUGGUCUUAUUUGGAAGGUGACCAUACCUUUGGACACUGGACACUUGAAUAAAUACCGUAUCUUAAUCAUAUCUCAGUAUGAAAAAUGUGUAACUUACACUCAUCAAAACAGGAUAAGAGACUUUCAAACCUCACUUAUUCAAUACAUCAUCAAGGACGGAUCCGUAAUCUUUUCUCUAACCGUCAUUUGCCUGUUGAUUUAAAAAACAAACAAAAAAAAAACAGAUCUCUUGCCUUCAAAUUCAGCCUUGUUACCAGCAUGGGUUUCUAACAGGACACAAACCCUUUACUGCAAAACCAUGAACUCCUCAACAUCUACAGCCCCAGCAAAGAGACCACACACUAAAAACAGCUACAUUCUUUGCUGGGGAUUCCAGAGGGAGCGUUGCAUUGGCUCUGACUCCCGUGGACCCUGCUGACCAGGCACCCUUUGAGCUCAAGCAGACAUCUGCAGGUCUGGCCUUUGUCCUCCAGAGGGCUGUAGCUAAUAAGAAUAAAAACAACUGCAUGCAGUAGAAAACAAAUUUAGUAAUAAUCCUGAAACUUUUGCUUGUAUUACUUUUGUUAGUGGCAUGUAAUAUCAGUUCCAAAUUAAUGCCAAGUGCAGCAAUGAUGGCAAAUGUAGUGCUUUAUUUUGGAUUAUUUGAUGAAUGGAACCCAUGCAAUUCUCUGCUGUUCUUUUUCUUUGGGACUCAUUUCAGUUUCUAUAAAGAAACAUCACAAAAGCUGCCAUGCACAGCACAGCACUGCCUGCCUGAAUGAGAGGUUCUGUAGGGACGUUUAUCUUUUGACUAUGACAGCGCUAUAGCAUCCUCUCCCACUGCCUUACACCUGUGUUCUUUUCUGUCCUUAAGAAAACUGUCAGGCAGGUGGGAACUCAUUCCCUGUAACACAGGAGGUCCAGUACUUGGUACAAUCAGAACAGUACUGUGGUAUGCUAAUGAGAGGGAAGAAAACGUUUGUAAUACUCCCAUCAUGGUCUUUAACUUAUUUGAUCUGUGUUCAGUCUGGGUUGCCAACUUAAAUGCAUUAUCCACAAUGGACAAGGAGAAGGCAACCUAGGCUUUUCAAGUCUUUAUUUCAACCAUGUUCUUAAAUAUGAAAUUGUUGCUCUUCCAUCUCUAGACAAGUACUAUUAUACCUAUUAAACCUGAAAUGGCA